AUGACACCUCCAGCCUCCAGUCACAACCCCAUCGAGAGUCGGCAAGUCCAAAGCCACCACCCACCUACUGCAAGAAGAAAUUCCUGUAUAUACUGUCCGCGGAGUUUCAAGCGCGCCGAGCACCUACAGCGCCAUAUUCGCAUUCAUACCAAGGAUAAGCCGUAUAUCUGCCACUAUGGAACAGCUUUCGCACGCCGUGAUCUGCUCACUCGGCAUGAGAGGCUAUCUCACGACCACGUUAGCCCUUACCAAAGAGUCCAAGCAUCGACCAAUCUUCAGACCCCGAAGAGUGAUACUGCUGCACAACCACAUGCAGACGCACUCAAUGCAGUAGACAUUUCGAUAUCCAACUGGACGGUACCUGACUCUGUAAAGGGUACCGCAAGCCAAUGGCCUCAUCAUGAUCAUAGCAAGGCGACACUUACUUUCUUCAAUGAUGAUGGAAGUCAUUUCCAGGAAUUCGCCAGAUUUCUUGAUGGCAUAGGACUUCCAGCAGAGUGGACACCUCCUGACAUUAGGCAUGAACUCGAUGCGAGCGAGGCUGAAGCUGAAGGCCAUGACACGAGGGUGUCGAAUGAUGCAUACUCGAGGAAUGGCGAAUCAAGCCCCAGUUCCCCUUUCGGCUCAUGGCCGCCUUCAGUGCCACAAGGCGACCAGCCUUUGAGCUCUGUAUCAGACAAAGAUCCCCAUGAUUCCAACUUUCAGACAUUCUCACUGCGAGUAAACUCCGAUAUGCGAGCACACUUCAACGCCAACCUAGAAAAGUAUCACGACAUCAUUCCGGAUUUCGUUUUGCCGUCGAGGCAUACUCUUACCAGAUAUAUCACUGCUUUCUUCGGAGGGUUCCAUUCACACCUUCAGUUCCUUCAUGCUCCGACAUUUCAACUCGACAGUCGCCCCAUUGACCUUGUCCUUGCAAUAUGCGCUACAGGCGCGCAGUAUUGUUUUGAGCAUCGAAACGCAAAAAGUCUCUUUCGUGUCGCGAAAGCAAUUGUAUUGGAGUCUCUGUCAAAAGAAGCACAUGCAGUUCGUCAAAGGGCAGUAUCAGCCUUGCCGCUUGGGAAUUUGAGCAGUCAACUGCUUCAGCAGCCUUCUGGUCCGCCCUCUUACACCAGAUUGUCUUCAAACUCGGAGCAUCCAAUGGACGCAAUCCGUUGUUUAUUGAUUCUCAUGGGCUAUGCCACUUGGGAAGAUUCAGAGCUUCUUCGUGAAGCAUUGAACCUCCAGAGCGUUCUUGUUCAUUCUCUUAGAGAGGUCGGGCUAAGGGAAUCCCAGGCAAUCGACCCAAGCUCCACGAACCUGUCGUGGAUCGACUGGGCGGAACAAGAGUCGGUCAGAAGAACAAAACUAGUGUCAUUCACCUUCAUUCACGUCCACAGCAUCGCAUACAAUGUUUACCCAGCACUGCGAAGUAAUGAGAUUUAUCUUCGCUUACCCUGCUCAACAAAAGAGUGGAAUGCUCAAUCUACUGCUCAAUGGCAAGCUGCACGACGCAACGUAAAGUCAGAGCAGCUUCAUUUCCAAGAUGCCUUAUCUCGCCUUCUCACACAUGCGGAAGGCAACACCCAGAUAAAUCCCAUACCAGUGCCGCUUGGAAAUUACAUAUUGCUCCACGGGCUUCUUCAGAGGAUACAUCUGAUACGAGAACUUUCUCUUUCUACACUGGAUUACUCUACGACUUUGCCGGAUGAGGAGCUCAACAAGAUUGAACGGGCACUUCGAUCUUGGACUCUGGUGUGGAAGCAAGGUCCAGAAUCCAGCCUUGAUCCUUCGAACGAGAAUGGGCCAAUCCCGUUCACAUCCAGUGCCCUUCUUGGCCUUGCGUAUAUACGUGCAUGCGUGAACUUAGGCCCACAUCGAGCACUCGAAACCCGAAACCCCUCGCUUAUUGCCGCUAGAAUCGCAAAGGCCCCAUCUCCAUCACGGAGUCGUUUCUUGAUUCCCGCCCUUAUAUACUCUACGCAUGCGCUGAGCAUCCCCGUCCGGCUUGGAAUUGAUAGCGUCGCCCGUAGUCAAGCAUUUUUUUGGAGUGUCCGCCACUCUCUCUCCAGUCUAGAAUGUGCUGUCUUUUUGAGUAAGUGGUUAUGCUCGUUAUGCCAACCAGAUAAUUUACAAUCAUUAACAGAAAACGAAAACCGCAUCCUCAGCUGGGUUAAUGCCAUUGUACAAGAAGCAUUGUUAUACUUGGACUGUGAAAAGGUAGAUGCCUUAUUGAACAUCGAUAUCUCGCGGCCGUAUAUAUUGGGCCUAGCAGUCCUGAGGCUUUGGGCACGGCUGUUUAAACACAAUGUCCAAUGGCCAUUUAUCAACAUGAUUGGCCAAGCAUUGGAAGAGUACACAGACACUUUACAGCCGAGAUGA